AUGAUCCUUAUGACUUAUACUAUGAUUCUAGUUGGAAACCUCACCAUCUUUAGUGUCAUCAAGAUUGACAUUCAUCUUCAAACACCUAUGUACUUUUUUCUCAGUUACUUAUCCAUAUUAGAUGUCUGUUACUCUUCUGUUACCCUCCCGGCUAUGUUGAUUAAUGCCAUAACAGGCAAUACAAGAGUGUCCUUCAACCUUUGCUUUACUCAGCUCUAUUUUUUUGUUUCUCUUGGUGGGUCUGAAUGUCUUCUUCUGGCUGCAAUGGCUUACGACCGAUAUGUGGCAAUAUGCGACCCUCUUUGCUACCCCGUAGUCAUGAACAAGACAUUCUGUUCCUAUUUGGUUGUAGGAUCUUGGUUUUUUGGAUUCUUGAACUCUGUUCUUCACACGGCUUUGACAUCCAAGCUGACUUUUUGUAGGAAUCGGCAUGUAAACCACUUUUUUUGUGAUGUUCCACCAAUGUUGAAUGCUUCUUGUGCGGAUACUCACACCAGCCAAACGUUACUCUACAUAGUCAGUGUUUUUCUCGGCAUGAGUCCUUUUGUGUUCGUCAUUGCCUCCUAUAUUCAGAUCAUUUCAACCAUUUUGAAAAUCCACUCAGCUGCGGGCAGAAAAAAAGGCCUUCUCCACUUGCUCCUCCCACCUCAUUGUAGUUACAGUAUUCUACAUGACUGCCAACUUCAACUACAUUGGUCCAAAGCCUGGGGAAUCCUUUGA